CCUUCGAGAAUAGUCGAGAUUCCGCAUUCUUGUUCGUCUCUCUGGUGGGAAGCUAGUGAAUGAUUGGGUUUCCCCGAGGACACCGUUUCCCACCACACAAAGCUGAGACUACUGCCCCUCGUUCCCUACUACCUCCAAAGCUGUCAUCAUGAACAUCAUCUUGGCGGAGCAGUUAUCGCUUGAUUCGGUUGAAUACGACCCGAUCGCCCACCUCAACCUCCUCUUCUCCCACCCGUCCACCGUCUCCUCCGUCGGCCGCGUAUCGUCCACCCUCCAGCGACAUAAGGAUGAGCUCACCAAGUCGAUCGACUCCCUCGAAACCGCCCAGGCCUACGGGCCCGACUCGUCGCUCGAGCGCAUGCAGUCCGCCCAGGCGGAGCUGGCCUCCUUAUUCCAGCGCAUCGAGAGCGUCCGCAACCGCGCCCUGCAGACCGAGCGAGACAUCACCACCAUGACCGCCGACAUCAAGCGACUCGACGGCACCAAGCGCAACCUCACCCACAGCAUGACCGCCCUCAAGCGCCUGCAGAUGCUCACCACCGCCUACGACCAGCUCCGGGGCCUGGCAAAAACCCGCCAGUACCGCGAGUGCGCCGGCCUCCUACAGGCUGUGCUACAGCUGAUGCGCCACUUCAACAGCUACCGAAGCAUCGAACAGAUUGCCGUCCUGAGCCGAAACGUCAGCGAGCUACAACGCGAACUCCUGGAACAAGUGUGCGAGGACUUUGAGCUGGCGUUUGCCAAGGGCGAGGUGGCUGCCCGGCGCGGCAUGCUGGCGGAAGCUUGUCUGGUCAUGGACGCGCUAGGGGAGCAGGCAAAGGCGCGGUUGAUUACGUGGUAUGUCAACACCGAGCUGCGCGAGUACCGAUCCGUUUUCCGGGGCAACGACGAGGCAGGUAGCUUGGACAACAUAGGGCGGCGCUAUGCCUGGUUCCGACGGAUGUUACAAACACACGAGGGCGAGCAUGCUGCCAUCUUUCCGGCGCACUGGCGCAUUAACGAGACGUUGUCGAUGGCGUUUUGCGAUGGUACCAGGGAGGAUUUCAAGGGGAUACUGGAGAAGAGCAUGCGGAGGACGGAUGGAGGCACCACCAAAAUUGACGUCAAUUUGCUGUUGAAUUGCUUGCAGGAGACGAUGGACUUUGAGCAGAGCCUGGAGCGCCGGUUUUCGAGCGAAGUCCGGGCUAGCAUCGAUACCUUGAGCUCGGCGGAUGAUCGGGUAUCGAACUUCAAUGGCUCUAUCUCGGUCGCAUUCGAACCGUAUCUAAGUCUAUGGGUAGAGUCGCAGGACAAGACUCUGGCUGGGAUGAUACCCAAGUACAAGUCACAACCGCUGAUACCGCCAGACGAGGAGUUCUCCCCGCAGGCGGUCAUCCCCUCGGCCAUUGAACUCUUCCAUUUUUACAAGCUCACGCUUUCACAGUGCGCCAAACUGUCGACGGGUGAGCGGCUGUUGGAUCUGGCCAAAACACUGGCGAAGUACUUGGACGAAUACGCACAGCAAGUUCUCUUUACACUCCUCCAGCGCGGAGGACCACAGGGGCCUCCGGUGCAGGACAUCGUAUUGGUUCUCAACACUGCGGAUUUUUGGCACACCAAUGCCAACCAGCUUGAAGACAACAUCAAGAAGAGGAUCGACCCCGAAAUGGCGUCCAAGGUUGAUCUCUCGACCCAAGCAGAUACCUUCAUGGGCGUUGCUAGCGCGGCCGUACUCGCCUUGGUGCACAAGGUAGAGGUGGACUGCGAACCGGCAUGGCGAGAGAUGAAGAACACGAACUGGAGCAGGAUGGAAAGUGUCAGCGAUCACAGCUCGUACGUGAGCGAGCUGCUGAAGAACGUCAACGGCAAGGCGGCGGAGAUUCUCCCGCUGGUGGUAAAGCCGCAGUAUGCUCGCGCGUUCUGUGAUCAUCUGGUGGAGAACAUAGCCAACUCGUACAUAAGCAACGUGGUGCAAUGUCGCCCUGUCUGCGAAGUCGGCGCUGAGCAGAUGCUUCUUGACAAAUACAUCCUGACCAAAGCCUUCGAAAACCUCCUCGCCUUCCACAACACGAACCACCCACCCCCCGGCACCCCCUCGGACCCCAACGCUCCACCCCCUCCUCCCCCUCCAGCAAGCUACAUCAAGCGCGUCAACCAAUCCAUGACCAAGAUCGACCCGCUUCUCAAAACCCUCCAAGUCCGCCCCUCCCCGCCUGAAGGGCUCGUCCAAGCCUACCUCAACCUCAUCGGCGACUGCUCCGACGCCAACUUCAAGCGCAUCCUCGAGCUCAAAGGCGUGCCGAAGAAGGACCACUCGCACUUGCUCGAGCUCUUUUCCAUCCAUCGCGAGGGGGCAGGCGUAGGCCGGACUUUGGUUCAAAACUCGCCGCUUCUAACGCCGUUGUUUGCUUCCAUGGGAAGCGGCAUCAGCAUCGGCGGCGGGAUAGCCCCAGGAUUUGCGGCAGCAGGACAUCAUGCAUCGCAGGGAAGUGGCAGCGUGACGAGUAGGUUUGAUGCGGCGACGAGUUUGGGGGAGAAGUUGUUGAGUGCGGCGAGGGAUAUGAGUACGAUGGAGCGGGAGGGGGUAACAAGUGGAGGAGGGGCAACAACAACGGCAAGCGAUAAAGCUACAAUCAAUGAAAAUUUGAAGAAUAUUGGGAAUUUCUUCAGGAGAGAUAUUGGAGCUUUGGGAGCGAGGUUUGGGAAGAGGGAUAUUACGCCUACGGGGGCAGGUCAUGAUUAGACUACACGGGCAUGUGAGAUGGGACGGGGCGGAGGAAGCGAAAUCUCUUGGUUAUCGAUGUGAUGAUAUGGUCUAAAGAUGUCGACUAGGUAUAGACCUAAGUACAGUGAAACCAAGCGAUUCAAACACAAGUCCACCAAUAUGCCUCUUAUUUAUAGCAUGUCUGUUUACCUUAUUUUCCUGACUCAAGGUGAUCCCCGUAGCGCUACACUAGUCGAAAUAUAACUUGCCAACGAUAUGAC